GCCCCGCCCCCUGCUGGGUCCCGGAAGCGCUGUGUGUGUGUGUACAGUGAGUAUGUGUAUGAGUAUAGUAUAGUGUACAGGGUGUGUGUGUAUAGUGUGUGUGUGUGAGUGUGUGUGUGUGUGUGAGAGAGUGUGUGUGAUGGUGCGGGGCCGCAUGGCCGCGGUGAUGUGCGGCGCGCUGCUGCUGGGUCUCGCGCUGCUCCUGGCGCUCACUCUCACCUGCAGUCGAGCGAAGAACGUGGUGGCUGUAGCUCCUACCCCUGUGCGAUUUUUCUCCCCCCAGUUUCCGGUGGUUGACCUGUUUCUUGGUCAGCAGGAUCAGGUGGAUCGGUUGCGGGAGGAGGCCGAUGUGUGUGUGCUGGUUUAUUACGCCCCCUGGUGUGCACACUCCAUCAACACGCGUGACCACAUUCAGCAGGUGGCGCUGCGCAUGGCCAACGAGGUGCGGUUCGUUGGGGUGAACUGCUGGUGGAAUCAGGGAAAAUGCCGGAAGCAGAAGAGCUUCUUUAAGUAUCCUGUUAUCCAGCUGUUCUACAGGAGGUUUGGUCCUAUUGAAUAUAGGGGGCCAUUGGUGGGGGAGUAUAUUGAGAGUUUUAUUAGGAAAGUUGUUUCACCUCUCACCUACCUGCCCACCCGCUCUGCCCUCAACACCUUCAUAUCCCACCAUGAGCAGGGUGUUGUCGGGUUCUUUGAGUUUAAUUCGUCUCCCCAGCCGCCCGGAUAUGUCACCUUCCUCACCUCCGCACUGCACGCGCUCAGACGAGAUUCUCAGAAGGCGGUGCGGUUUGGAGUGGUGACCAAUCAGGAGGUGGCGGAGGGCGUUUCCCUGAGAGAGGACGAAAGUGUGUAUCUGCAUCGCCGAUUCAACACAUCACUGGUGUUCCCACGGGAGGAGAGGAACUUCACGGCUGAAGCGAUUUGUAACUGGGUUUAUGAAAACCGAGAGAGCGUCGUUCACUGGAUCCAGCCAACAGGAGCCAAGAGCUACUCCCUGGAGGCGGAGCUUCACAAAGGACCCGCCCUGCUCACGUUCCUCCCACACAAUCCACUUACAGCCAAUCAUCAGCUGCUCUCUGAGGUGGUGGACGUAGCGCUGCGCUAUCGCUCCUGCUGUUUAUCGGAGCUCCAGUUUGACGGAGGCAUCCCGUCUGCCCUGCUGACCCCAUCAGGGUCCCCCCUGCCUGGGCCAAGGUGCUGCCAGUCCCUGCUGCUGUCCGGCUCGAGGUCCGAGUCUAACGCUAACGCUAACUCUAACUCUAGUGCUAGCAUCUGUGAGCUGUGCGUAAACCGCUCUGCUCCAGGUUCUACCUCAUGUUCCCCCCUGCUGCGUUCUCGAUGUUCCGUCAUGGAGCUGGAGGCGGUUCUAGACUCAUAUUUAAGGAACAUUGUUGUUCCGGUGCCCUCUACCUGCACCAACCUGCGGAACACCUACAGCCCCUUUAGCCACUACAGUGCAUGCUGCAGGACGCUACCGCAGGACCCCGAGACUCCGGCACGGUCAGACCCACACUGCCCCCUGGUGGUGGACUCAGUAACGGGUCUGCACUGUCGGACCAAUAAGACGCUGCGGUUUUACCUGCUGGACUCGCACCUGUCCUGGCCUCUGGCGCAGAGGCUCGGGGCGCUAGGGAACCAGAGCACUCGUACCUUCACAACCAUCGUCAACCUGAGGGACGAGACGCACUACGUUCUGGAGAACGCCGAUAAAAAUUCUUUAGAACACUUCAUUCUGAACUUCAGCGCCCCCUACAGCCCCCUCCACAGACACCUGGUGGGCCACAGAGAACUACAUCCCCCACAAUCCCUCAUUCAGGAAGUCACCACACACUCUUUCAUCGACACAGUGAUGGAUCCUGAAAGGGACGUGUUGGUGUUCUACUACUCGGGUUGGUGCGGGUUCUGUACGGUUCUGAAUCAUGUUCUCCUCCGAUUGGCUCGACUCUUUCAGGGAAACAGCGCCCUCACGGUGGCCAGAAUAAAUGUUGGUCUUAAUGAUCUGCCCUGGGAAUUCAUGGUGGAUCACCUGCCCUCCUUCCUCUUCUUCCCCAAACACAGGAAGCAGAUGAGCGUGAAGUUCCCGGACUCCGCCCCCGUCACGCUGCCCAACCUGGUGCGCUUCAUCCUGCAGCACACAGGCCACGCCCCUCAGGCGCCGGGGGCAGGACCGGCGUCCCUGCUGGAGGCGGAGCUUCGCAGCCUGCAGGGGGAGGUGCUGGCGCUGCAGCAGGCGCGAGAGCAGUUGUCCCGGCAGCUGGCAGCGCUGUGGCGCGAGAACCGGCGGCUGGCGUUCCACGCUCGCGCCCUGACCUCUUACCACGCCCAGCUGCAAUCCCACAAUGCUGAGCUGCAGGAGCAGAGCGGCCGGCUGGAGACGCUGUACCGCGAGAAGAGCCGGCAGCUGGCAGACGCCGUGGGGAGACUGCAGGAACUCGCCGACGCCUCUGAGGAGCUGCUCGCCGAGAACUCGCUGCUGAAGGUCCUGCUGACAGUUCUGAGAGAGCGGGAGGGGGAGGAGCCUGAGAGAACGAGGAAGACGGAGGGGAAGGAGGCGUCGUCAUGACGGCGGUGGACGCCGGGCGAACGUCCUGCUCAUAAAGGAGCUAAUUUAACCGCGGUGGACUCGGAAUACAGCGGUCAGGAACGGGAACAGUUACAGGAACACCAGGACGAAGUUUAACUUUACGAAACUUUACGUGAAGAUUCUAGAACGCUAAUCAUCACAUGUUCUUUAGGGAACCAAUAGAAAUUCUUCUCUACGGUGGCGCAGGCAAAACACCCUCUUAUUGGCUCCUUUAUGUUUAAGAUCAGCUAGGAAAUGUCUUUGGUUUGGUGUCUGAAGUUUGUGGCUGAUCCCACAACAAUUAGCUAUGAAGCUGUCAAGGUCAUCAAAAUCUAUAGUCUACUAAUUAGCACUGGAGAUACAAGGAUAGUGUAGCUAAACUUGAAAAUAAAUUCAUCCCAGCUAAGACGUUCAGCUAACAAAUAAUGGAAAUUCAAACUUUAAAUUCAAUGCAUUUAGAUACAGUUUAGAGCUGUAAAUUCCAGUUCAGAAUAAUCUGAACGUUUGCUUUCCGGGUUUUUUAGAGAAGAUUCCUGGAUGUUCGGCGGGUCUAUGUGGUUCUGAAGGAAGAGGUUAAUCAGAAAUGUAAUCAGAUUCUAAUCGUUAUAGUAACGAGGUUGUGAAACGUGGUGGUGUUAGUGAUGUUGUGAGAAGGUUUGUUAGAUGUUCUAAAGACUGUAAAGGUCGAGAAGCCGAGAGAACGCUGAACUGAACGCUCGGUUCUCCACUGCUGAGCCGCUCUGAGGAUUUCGGACGAACUCUUUAAAUGUUUCGUACUUUUCUCGCUAUAAAGUGAUCUAUUUUUACACCGAUCCACUGAGAUGUGUGAUGUCACUGAUGAAGAAUUCAGGUAUCGCUGCGGGACGUCCCGCCGCUCCUCGUUUACAGGGAUAAAAUUGCACAGAUUUGUACUGAUUAAACUGGUUUGAUUCAGA